GAAAUAAAUUUAAAUAAGAAAUGGAAAGCAAUUCUAUACCUGCAAAAGGAACGGAAUCAGGCUCCUCAUUGAAUCAAAGUACUAAGUUCCCCUCUCCACCGAAGCAUAAGAAAGAUUUCUACCUUGACACAGGUACUUUUAUCACCGAAGAGGGUAAAAAGGAUGAAACUGAUAGGCUAAAGGUAAUGAGUGGCUUUCCUAAUGCGAAUUAUAUUAACGAAACUUACUCAGAGAUAACAGAGGUCUUAGGUACUCUCAACCAGAGGGUCAAGACAGUCGUUGAUUCUAACCAAGAUGUCUUCAUAGCUGCUUAUAAAGACUCCAUGAACAAGAUGAAUUCAGAGCUUAAAGACAUCAAACAUCGCAUGUCUUCCGAUAAAAUGAAGGAAAAGCAAGAACAGAAGCUGAAAUUAGUCGAAAAAGAAAGGGACUGGUUCAGGGACGAGGCCUUGCGUCUAAAUAGGAAAUGAAAGAAGCUAGAGGAAGAGAUCAAAAGGAUUAAGUCUUACUACAACAGCAGGAAAUAAUUGUGAAUUAAUCUACUUUCA